CCUUUGUUCCGACGUCACGACCUUCCAUCUUUCAACCUUUUUACCUUGGUCACUUUCUUUACUAGGAAGACAAAACAACCACAAUCCGAGUGAUUCGUCUUUCGUAUUGAUACCGCAAUCAUUACGAGAGAACGCAUCUCUCUAUUUUAUAUUUUUCUUUCAGUUGCCUCGGGAAAGUUGACGAACUUCGCAAUUAUAUCACACUUUCUAGGCAACCCGCCAUCAAUCGACCCACGAUUAAAUGGUUUUCUCGCUGCACUAGGAGACCGCCACACUUCCUUGACGGGCCUCUGGCAAUUUGCAAUCUAUUACCAACGGCUUUAUUAAACCCUCCUUCUAAUUUGGCCUACUGCGUUCUGCGCAAUAACGUCUACCGCUAUCCCGACCUUUGAAAUACAUCUCAUCACGUGCACCUGUCGCUAUUCACAAAGCGACCAUGGCUCCCUCUGGUCCACGUAGAGGAUCAGCCCCUUCUGGCUUGCGCAACGGCCGAGGCUCUGCAACGAAGACAGGCGGCCGAGGCGGUAUCGCUAAGCGUCGCGGAAAUGCAGCAUUGAGAGUUGACCGAGAUGGCGACCUCGAUAUGGACGCCCCUACAGGCACCAACCGUUCGUCGCAAAAGGCGAAACGUGCCAACCAUCACGAUUCUAUUCCGACAGCACCCCGCGCUAACCGACAAGUCGCGAACGGAUCUCGCGCGCCAAGAGCGUCGGUAAAAGCACAACAAAUCAUCCAACGAGCCCUCGCGAACGGAAUACCUGCAGGACCACGAGGCGCUCAACGUGUUAACGCUCAAGAGACGAUGACACUACAAGUCGCAGGUCUCAAGUCGAGCAAAGCCGCUCACAACGAAGGAGGUGGACUAAAGGAGCUGCUCAAUUUCCUGGAACGCAAAGCCCAGACUGUUGGUAAAACUACACGACCCAUCAGGAUUAAGAAGUCACACAUUAUUGGUGACUUAGUACAAAUCUCGACAAGCAAGCAAGAUGGAGAGGAGAUUCUUAAGGUGGAUGGUUUCACAUUCGCCGGUACACCUCUAGCUAUUACGGAGGUUCCUGGAGGACAGGCUCCACUACCCGAGGCUAACUUAUCCUCAUCCGCCCUCGAGAUCAAGGAUCAACUACGCAAUGUCCUUAGUUUACGCUAUAACCCUACGGCGAAGCUAUUAAAUCUAUCUACCCUCGGGGAAGAUCAGAUUCUCAACCAGAUGGGAUUCUUCAGCGGUGAAAGUAAACCCGAGAAGCUGUUCAAAGCUCUGAUGGCCGUCUGUGAUGGUCUAUUCAAGACACCCCAGGACAAGCGCCAAGCCGUUGCUAGUGUCAGCCUUGCAGGCAACAACAUCGACGAUGUCCAUCAGAUUAUGGCUUUGGCCGAUACCUUUCCCGACCUAGUCAACCUAGACUUAAGUCGAAAUCACUUCAAAGACUUGCGAGGACUUCAAAAAUGGCGACACCGCCUUCGCAAACUCGAGACUUUUCUACUCAACGAGAAUCCUAUCGAGACGACAACUCCCAGCUACAGAGAAGAGGUCACGGCUUGGUUUCCGAGACUACAGAACCUCAGCAACGUUCAGGUUCGUUCACCGGAACAAGUUACCGCAAUGGAACUUGCCUCUCGACCUACACCGAUCCCGCAAAAUGGAGCGGACUUUCGAGAUAUCAACGGAAUUGGUGAAGGAUUCAUCAAGGAAUUCAUCCCGAUGUACGACUCUGAUCGGACAAGCCUAGCUGGCAAGUACUACGAAGACGAGAGCACAUUCUCUAUAUCAGUAAACAAUACCGCCCCCAGAUCGUCUUCGUAUGCCCAGCAAGCCGGAUGGGGGUCAUACAUCAAAUUCUCGCGUAAUCACGUUAAGAUUACACAUGAGAACACUCGUAGCAAGCGUGUGUUUUUUGGACCGAAUCUCAUCCGAAGUGUGUGGGACCAACUACCCGCUACGCGACACCCGAAUCUACUUGGGGAGUUCAACAAGUACAUUAUCGACUGCCAUCCCAUUCAUGGCCUAUACGAUCCAACUAGUCAAAACCGAUCUAGUGUGGAUGGAAUGGUCCUCACCAUCCACGGAGAGUUCGAUGAUCAAGAGCCUGUCACUUUGAAGACCGCUAAGCGAAGCUUCUCCCGGACUUUUGUUCUAGGUCCAGGCACACCAAAUAGAAACCCCAUUCGUGUCAUCAGCGAUGUGCUCGUCGUUAGACCCUUCAGCCCGCUGCCUUCAUCAGCACCGGCACCGGCACCGGCACAGGUACAGGCACCAGUACCAGGCCUGGUCCCAAACGCUGCACCAGCUGCUCAACCGAACCUGGAGUUACAGCAGCAGAUGGUAAUCGAGGUGUGCAACCGCACUGGUAUGACCCCAGAAUACUCCAAGUUGUGCCUUGACGGCGUCAACUGGAACUUUGACCAGGCUCUAGUGAUGUUCAACGACAAGCGAGCGCAAUUACCGGCUGAAGCCUUUGCAAACCCGUCUCAAUAGGAACUGUGACGUAAAAAUGGUUGAAUCGAGUUGGAAUUUCUACGCGCGAUGGCAUUGCAUGGUUCAGGAGUUUGAGGUUCAUGGGGGAUGGUUUUAAUGAUUCCGGGAUAUGGCGAGGGAAGGCAAGGUUGGGCUGUACAUAUACUACAGCAAGGAGGAUAUUGUGAGAACGAGGUGGCAUGGAUGAAAUUUGUUAAAGUCCGCCUAUGACCCUCUUGAUCGGAUUGAGACUUCCCGCCCAAGAUACUGCGCGCUUAGCUCUCGUUGAUCUACGUUCCGAAGCUGUCGGAUUCACUACAUCCACACAAAGCUCCAUCAAGCAAUACUAAAAAAUUGCCAAAA